CCGAGAAGCAGCCAGGGGAGAGGCCUGGGACAAAUUUAAAAGAGAAGUCAUUUCGCGCUAAUUACGCACGCAAUUAUAAGGAUUAAACUGUGCAAAAGUCCAAACGCUUCGUGGACCGAGGCAGAGUUAAAAUGACGAUGUCCCGUAACGUAAGGACCGAAUUAUUAUGGAGAAUUGUAAUGUAAGCUAGCCUCUGCUCGGGGCGUUUUGCUACACACAUCAAGCUUUGUAUAUUAUGGUUCAUACCAGAACAGUAUUGCGCCAUUCGGUGUGGGUCUGCUGUGGCGCAGUCUGCUCAUGCACAUGAUCUGUAUGGCUAAGCUGAUGCGCAGUGAACAAAAUGAACGGAAAAGUGAUUCCGCAUACUCCGCUGGCCGUGGACUUUUGGCAGAUCCGAAAAUGUCCCGAGACCCGCUUGUUCUUUUUGUCCCACAUGCACAGCGACCACACCGUUGGCCUGUCCUCCACCUGGAGCAACCGACCCAUCUACUGCUCCCCCGUCACCGCCACACUGCUGCAGCUCAAGCUCAAGGUGAAGGAGCAUUGGAUCCACGCUCUGGAGCUGGGGGAGCCGUACCUGCUGCCGCUGGAUGACAUUGGGAAAGAGACUAUGACUGUGACACUCAUUGAUGCAAACCACUGUCCAGGAGCUGUCAUGUUUCUGUUUGAAGGAUACUUUGGCUCCAUACUGUACACUGGUGAUUUUCGUUACACUCCUUCGAUGCUGCGAGAGCCUGGUUUGAGAACAAACACUACUAUUGACGUCAUGUACCUGGACAACACAAACUGUGACCCCAAUCGCACCCUCCCCUCCAGGAAGACAGCCACUCAGCAAAUCAAAGAGAUCAUCCGCAGCCACCCAAACCACAAUGCUGUUAUUGGCCUGUAUACUCUGGGUAAGGAGUCUCUUCUGGUGGAGCUGGCCCUGGAGUUUAAGAGUUGGGUGGAGGUGAGUGUGGACCGUAUGGAAACCCUGAGAGCUUUGAAUCUGCCUGAUGUAUUCACUACCGAGAGAGGGGCGGGGCGUUUCCGAGUGGUGGACCAAUCACAGAUCUCCUACACCUCUAUGCUGCAGUACAACAAUGAACAACCUACUCUGGCCAUUUUACCCACCAGCCGCCCUCUAGUAUCCUUCCACCCAAAUGUAUAUAUAGUACCGUACUCUGACCAUUCCUCCUACCAAGAGUUGGAGGACUUUGUGUCUGCUAUUAAACCGAAGUCUAUAGUGCCAAUCCUGGGUCGCUGUGUCCCCGGUGGUCUGUCUGCCUUACUACCACACCAAAAGCGCCAUGAGUUCUUAGUCCCAGAGUCCGUUCGAUUGUACAUGUCAAGGCACAAUGACAACCAGCUGAGCACAUCUGGAUAUAACAAUUUUCACCGCAAGCCCCUCUUUCUGUCACCAAAAGGGGUGAUCUUUGAGUCACCAGAAAAGGAGCCCAUAUUGAUAGGUAAUGGAGAGUGGCAAUCAGAAAGUGCCCAGCUCUCUGAGGAAGAAGACAUGGACACAGACAUUACUGAUAAAAACUAUGAUUCUCUUGUAAUUGACGUGUCCAAGCAAUCCUGUUAUAACAAAAACAAAAGACGAGAUGUGAAUUUGUGGAGCCUAAAUAUAGUUCAAACUGUAUCAGAGGAGGUGACAAUGGCCGAAUCUAUGCCGUUCAGUCAGUUGAGCCAGGAAAACUUUGGUCCAAUGAAGCUUCUGACCAACCCCAAGGUCAGCCUACAGCUUAGCAGCAAAACCAGAAGACCAUGUGAAACCAACGAAAACAUAAUCAAUGAGGAAAUGGACAGGGAUCAGCAGUAUGGCGAUGGGAUUAAUAACAGCAGCCAACGCCUAGACAGAGAGCACACGAGUCAGCAAAAUGACAAUGACAUCAUGUCUGGGGACACAAGUCCGAGUCAGCACAUUGGAUCUGGCUUUGAACCUGUCAACUGUGAAAAAUCAAUGCAAAAAUGCUAUGAUAAUGCCUUUAGUAUUCCAAGUAAUCAAGAAGUAUUUAAACAACGAUAUUUGGAGAAACUGGAAGAUGCUCUCCUAAAAAAUCUCCCAUUCUCAGAAGAGGAUCUGACCUGUCAGUCUCUCUUUGAUCAGCAUCUUCCCCAGAUCAUUACACACAGUCACACAGUGAAUUCUACCUGUGCUUCCACUUAGGUGUCAUCUUCAUGUUACAAUACCAGUAGAUAUUGCCAUGGGUUAUUCCUAUCUUUUGGACUGUCUGUGGUCUUUUCAAUGUUGAUUCUGCCUUUUAUUCCCUUGAUAAGUGCUAUUAGGUUAUUAAGAAGGCUGAACUUGGCCUUUUCCUGUAUUUUGUCCUAAAAUUUGUUAAAAUUUGUCUUUCAAAGGUGUCUGUGUUUACUAAAUCACUUUUUACAUAAAAAUGUAGUUGAAAAUAUAAAUCAGAAAAAUGUCUACAGUUGUCUGCAUUUUAAAACAAGUGAACAAAAUUGGUCUACUUGCUGUGAAGACAUGCAGUUGACAUGUCUACCAGAAACAUUACAAGGUGCUGCUUGAAAUGCAAGUUAUGUGCCUGUUCCAUACAUGGAUAGUAUAACAGGUUUUAAAUCUAAUCUGUUUUGUUGCAGUCUAACCAGCCAGUUACUACAUUGGAUGCCAUUGUUUGUAAAAUACAUUCUUAAUAUUUUUGGAUAAAAAAUAAUAUAAUAUAAUGUGUCCUAUCUAAAAAUGACCUUUUUUCUAUUUGUGAAGUAUUGUUGCUGCUGAUAAAUGUUUGAGAAUAAAGUAUUGUUAUGCAUUAUUUGGGUAUUUAAUAUUAAACUAUAGCAUACAUCAUGAUUUUACAUUGUUAACUAUAUUAUUUAUAUUAAUAGUAUUUAUCUAAAAGGCUUCAAAAUUCAACAUAAGCUGAUGACAGGUUAUAACAUGUCUAAAAGCUAAUAAAACAUUUACAUAAAAUGUCCCAUUUUAAAGAAUUUAACAUUAUUUCAUUUUUUUAUACAUGAAUCUAGAUAAUAACAUUACAGUAUAUAUUUAUUGUUGUUAAAUCAAAUGAAUCAAUAACCACCACCAAAUGAAAUGAUUUGCUGUAAUGCAUAGGUUUAACCUUAAGGUGGCAGCAGUUUGUUUUGAAUUUCACAGAUCUUGGGAGCCAUAUAGAUUUUAAAGAAAUGCAUAUAUUUUGUUAUUUCAAGCUGACUUGUAAUGGUAGUGACUCUUAUAACCUUAAUGUAUAAUUAACAGAGUAUUGACAUAGUAUUUGAGUAGCAGAAAGGUUUUUGUGUAGUGCCUGAGUUUGUACCUGAAAUAAAACCUCAUCUUCUUUCUGUAAUAUUUGUGUGGAGGUUGCACUCAAGUCUGACCGCUGCCCUACAUGACCACGUAGCAGCUCAACCUGUCACUCACUUUGACUGAGAGGAAGUUUUCCAGUUGCCCCGGGCAGCCUGCAACACCAGUUUAAUUCACAACACAAAUAAAGGAAACGCUUUCUAGUG